AUGGUGUUGUGCCCCGGAAUGCAACCAAUUCCAAUGAGAGUGGCGCAGCAGUGUUCAUCCUAUGCGGAUCAACUUUUGAGUUGUGGCAGGAAACUGUACGAGCAGUAUUUCAAGCGCAGUGCAAUCCUCACGCAGAAUAGGGAAGCAGAUGCAAGCUCCGGAGCUUAUCAAGCGCGAGCAACGAAGCGGCGAUCUGAUUGCUCUGCAUGGCUCCCGCCUGAACAAGCUCCCUCAACUGGAGCGGGGUGA